GGGUGCGGUACGCGCCGGGGGCGGGCGGGGGGCGGUGUCCUGGCCAUGGCCGGCCUGUCGGACCUGGAGCUGCGGCGGGAGCUGCAGGCCCUGGGCUUCCAGCCAGGACCCAUCACCGACACCACUCGGGAUGUCUACCGCAACAAGCUGCGCCGCCUGCGGGGCGAGGCCCGGGCGCGGGGCGAGGAGCGGCUGCGGGAGGAGGCCCGGGCGCGGGGCGAGGAGAGGCUGCGGGAGGAGGCCCGGCUGCGCGAGGGGUCCCGGCUACGCGAGGAGGCGCCGCUCCGCGCUGGACCCGCGGUGGGCUCUCUGCGGACGGAGCCCUGGCUCCCUCAGCCGGCCUCGGGAUCGGCCUGCGCGACCUCAGGGGCCUACGGCGACCUCGGGGCCUCCGCGGCUUCCUGGGUAGGGAGCCGCGGCCUCGCCUAUUCCGCCCGCCUUACGCCGCUCAGGCGCCGCGCCUCGGUGCGGGGCAGCUCUGAGGAGGACGAGGACGCCCGGACGCUCGACCGGGCGGCGCAGGGCCAGGGUCUCGCUGCCCGCCGCUGGUGGGCCGCGUCCCCCGCCCCGACAAGGCCACCCUCCUCCCUCCUCGGCCCCGACCCGCGCCCAGGCCUAAGGGUUACGCGAGCGGGCCCUGCCGGCGCGGCGCGGGCGCGGCCCGAGGUGGGGCGGCGGCUGGAGCGCUGCCUGUCGCGGCUCCUGCUCUGGGCCAGUGUGGGGCUGCUGUUCGUCUUCCUGGGCAUCCUCUGGGUGAAGAUGGGCAAGCCCUCGGCGCCACAGGAGGCAGAGGACAACAUGAAAUUAUUGCCAGUGGACUGUGACAGAAAAACAGAUGAGUUCUGUCAGGCCAAGCAGAAGGCGGCCUUGCUGGAGCUGCUGCACGAACUAUACAACUUCCUGGCCAUCCAAGCAGGUAAUUUCGAGUGUGGAAAUCCAGAGAAGCUAAAAAGUAAAUGCAUUCCUGUCAUGGAGGCCCAGGAAUACAUAGCAAAUGUGACCAGCAGCUCCUCUGCCAAGUUUGAAGCUGCUCUGACCUGGAUACUGAGCAGUAACAAGGACGUGGGCAUCUGGUUGAAGGGGGAAGACCAGUCUGAAUUGGUGACGACUGUGGACAAGGUAGUCUGCCUGGAAUCUGCCCGCCCCCGUAUGGGUGUUGGCUGCCGACUAAGCCGCGCCCUGCUCACUGCUGUCACCAACGUGCUCAUCUUCUUCUGGUGCUUGGCUUUUUUGUGGGGGCUCCUGAUUCUCCUGAGAUAUCGGUGGCGGAAGUUAGAAGAGGAGGAACAAGCCAUGUAUGAGAUGGUGAAGAAGAUUAUAGAUGUGGUCCAGGACCAUUAUGUGGACUGGGAACAGGACAUGGAGCGCUACCCAUAUGUGGGCAUCCUGCAUGUACGUGACACCCUGAUCCCACCACAGAGCCGGAGGCGCAUGAAGCGGGUCUGGGACCGGGCUGUGGAGUUCCUGGCCUCCAAUGAAUCUCGAAUCCAGACAGAGUCCCACCGUGUGGCUGGAGAAGAUAUGCUGGUGUGGAGAUGGACUAAGCCCUCUUCCUUCUCUGACUCUGAGCGAUAAGCCCCAGGCAGGCACCUGUUUCCAGUCAGCCUGUCCCAGAGGUCCACUCCAGGGACAUGAGAGGGUCACCAGACCUACUGGUGCUGAAUUCACACUUGCCUUGACUUUUCAUCCUCCUCCUGACACAAUUCCAAAGGUUUCUCUCUGUAAGACUCUUUAGAGGGGCUCAGCUAGUUAGGAAAAUGUAGGCUUCCUUUGAGAGUGGAGGGGAGAAGCCAGGGGUGAGGGCCAAUCCUCUGCCCCCUUUUGCUGGCAGAAAAGGGGAGAAGGAUUUGUUUUUCAUGAAUAGAAAACAGCAGCAGCUGUCAGACCUAGCAGAGCAAGUGCGAGGGUGGGUGAGCUGGGGCUUGGCCACUUCAGGGUGUCUGCUUGGCCUGGGAGGUGGGGCAGGGACUGUGGGUUGGGUGGUGGGGGGUGGGGAGCAGCUUGGUCCAUGUGCCUUCAGAGGGUGUUACCUGGGAGCUCAAGGGGUAAGCCUGUCCUCUAGCUGGAUGGGCUCUUUACCCUGAAAGGGAAAGAUGCUAGAAAUUAGAACAAGUAACUGUAGGGGAACUGAUGGUGUAGAAAUACCAGGCCCAGAUAGGAGCCCUCAGGUCAGGAGGAGUGAGCUGUUGGCAUGGCUUCCUGGGAGGAAGAACACAGAAUAACAAGGAUAGAGCUGAGAGCAGAGAGGAGGGUGGUGCUGCUGUGCAGCUGCCAUCUAUGGGGCCCUGCCCAGAGGCAGCCUCCAAGGUGGGCCUCUUCAGUGGUGCUUCUCGCAGAAGCUGUGACUUUAGACUGCUGCAACCACAGCAUUGCAUGGGGCCGGGCUGCAAAUGCCCAUUCCAGGACUUUGGGGCUCCGGUGUCAGAGCUGGGGGCCUCGCACUUAUGUGUGCGAAGAUCACCUUGUAUUACUGUGACCACAGCACCCCCACCCGGGGCUGUUGAACCAGAACUUCCAGCACAGCAGUUGUUUCUGUGCGACCCGCUACUGCAGCUCCAAGCCGGCAGGGCAAGGCACGGUGAAACAGCCGCAUGCUGCCCCCUGCCGGCCACGCCGAGUGAUGGCCACGGGGAGUGGUGCCCGCACCGCAGACCCUGGAUCCUCCCACCGGCCCAGCCAGCCCUGCCACGGGAGGCAACGUCUAGGAAUGCCCUGGCAGGGGGCCUUAUUAAGUGUGAGAAGCCGCUCUGGCGAGUCUCAGCCCUGUAUGUCCGUAUCUACAACAGGCAGGAGAGGAGGAGCAAACGGAGGAGAUGCCACAGCUGCCUCCAGAAGACAUUAGCCACCCCUCUCUGGUCUUAUUGGUAUUUUUUGUUUCCUUAAUAAAGCUCCAGUCUCCCUCAUUUGAGCAAUACUCUCAUUUCCUCUGAUGUCUGCAUGAUCCGAGGGCUGGAAUCUGAGUGCCGCCCUGUGGUGAGGCUGUGUUCUCAUAAUCAGGCUCCAGCCAGAAGAAAUAAACACUGCAACAAGAUUCAGUAUCAGGGUUGAGACUGCUGGAUAAAUAAACUAUUUAUUAAAAAUGGA